GGCUGGGGGCGGCCAGCAGCAGCAUUAACAGCAGCCGCCGCCGCCGCCAGUAAACGCGGACGGUACCCGAGGGGACUACCAAGCCGGCCGGCCCUCGAAGCCGCGCUCGGGUCCCGCCGCAGUUGGCGGCGGGGGAUGGGCAGGCGGCGGCGGUCCCACCUGCUGAGGGUUGAUCUCUGCGGGUCCUGGCCCUGAGCUGGAUCCGAGCCCUCCGCCCGAAAUCCCUGCGUCCGCCACGGCCCAGGUUAAAUGGAAACCAUCCUUGGGAGCUGGUUGCUUGUGUAGCUGUUUUAUCACAUCAGUGAAUUGCAAUGAGUGGAGGAGGAGAGCAGCCGGAUAUUCUCAGUGUUGGAAUCCUGGUCAAAGAAAGAUGGAAAGUGUUGAGGAAGAUUGGGGGUGGGGGCUUUGGAGAAAUUUACGAUGCCUUGGACAUGCUUACCAGGGAAAAUGUUGCACUGAAGGUAGAAUCAGCUCAACAACCAAAACAAGUUCUGAAAAUGGAGGUGGCUGUAUUGAAAAAACUACAAGGGAAAGACCAUGUUUGUAGAUUUAUUGGCUGUGGGAGGAAUGAUCGAUUCAACUAUGUGGUCAUGCAGUUGCAGGGUCGGAAUCUGGCAGAUCUACGCCGUAGCCAGUCCCGGGGUACAUUCACCAUUAGCACUACUCUUCGGUUGGGUAGACAGAUUCUGGAGUCUAUUGAGAGCAUCCAUUCUGUGGGAUUCUUGCACCGAGACAUCAAACCGUCGAACUUCGCCAUGGGUCGCUUUCCUAGUACAUGUAGGAAAUGUUACAUGCUUGAUUUUGGCUUGGCUCGACAAUUUACCAAUUCCUGUGGUGACGUCAGACCACCUCGUGCUGUGGCAGGCUUUCGAGGGACAGUUCGUUAUGCAUCAAUCAAUGCUCAUCGAAACAGGGAAAUGGGAAGACAUGAUGACCUUUGGUCCUUAUUCUACAUGUUGGUGGAGUUUGUGGUUGGUCAGCUGCCUUGGAGAAAAAUAAAGGACAAGGAGCAAGUAGGCUCUAUUAAGGAGAGGUAUGACCACAGGCUUAUGUUGAAACAUCUCCCUCCAGAAUUCAGCAUCUUUUUGGAUCACAUCUCCUCUUUGGAUUAUUUUACAAAACCAGACUACCAGCUUCUGACAUCCGUGUUUGACAACAGCAUCAAGACCUUUGGAGUAGUUGAGAGUGAUCCUUUUGACUGGGAGAAGACUGGAACGGAUGGCUCCCUGACGACCACCACUACUUCCACCACCCCUCAGCUGCACACCCGCCUGACCCCCGCGGCGAUCGGAAUUGCCAAUGCCACUCCCAUCCCAGGAGACUUGCUUCGAGAAAAUACAGAUGAGGUGUUUCCAGAUGAACAGCUUAGUGAUGGGGAGAAUGGCAUCCCUGUUGGUGUGUCACCAGAUAAAUUGCCAGGAUCUUUGGGACACCCACGUCCCCAGGAGAAGGAUGUCUGGGAAGAGAUGGAUGCCAACAGGAACAAGAUAAAGCUUGGGAUUUGUAAGGCUGCUACCGAAGAAGAGAACAGCCAUGGUCAAGUAAAUGGUAUUCUGAAUGCUCCAAGCCUUGGUUCACCAAUUCGUGUCCGCUCAGAGAUUACUCAGCCAGACAGAGAUGUUCCAUUGGUGCGGAAGUUACGUUCCAUCCACAGCUUUGAGCUGGAAAAACGUCUUACACUGGAGCCAAAGCCAGAUACUGACAAGUUUCUUGAGACCUGCCUGGAGAAAAUGCAGAAAGAGUCCAGUGCAGGAAAGGAAUCUCUUCUCCCUGCUCUGCUUCAUAAGCCUUGUGUUCCUCCCGUGUCCCGUACUGACCACAUCUGGCACUAUGAUGAAGAAUAUCUUCCAGAUGCUUCAAAACCUGCCUCUGCCAACACCCCUGAACAGGCAGAUGGCGGUGCCAGCAAUGGAUUUAUAGCAGUUAACUUGAGCUCCUGCAAGCAGGAGGUUGAUUCCAAAGAAUGGGUGAUUGUGGACAAGGAGCAGGACCUUCGGGAUUUUAGGACAAAUGAGGCUUUAGGCCAUAAAACAACUGGAAGCCCUUCUGAUGAGGAGCCUGAAGUACUUCAGGUCUUAGAGGAAUCGCCUCAAGAUGAGAAGCUCCUACUGGGUCCUUGGGCAGAAAGCAAUCAUUUAAAGAAAGAACCCUCAGGUGUGGUCUUAGCACUUUCUGGGGAGUGCCCUGCCGCUGCUGCUUCAGAACAGUAUGCGGAUAGGUUAGAACUCCAGACUGCGGGCCCGUUUAUUGCAGUGACACCCACAAGUCCAAUGGAGGCGCAAGCAGAAGGACCCCUCACAGCGAUUACAAUUCCUAGACCCUCUGUGGCAUCUACACAGUCAACUUCAGGCAGCUUUCACUAUGGUCAACAGCCAGAGAAGAAAGACGUUCAGCCUGUGGAACCCACCGUGGAACUUUACUCUCCAAGGGAGAACUUCUCUGGCCUAGUUGUAACAGAGGGUGAACCUCCUAGUGGAGGAAGCAGAACAGACUUGGGGCUUCAGAUAGAUCAUAUUGGUCAUGACUUGUUACCCAGUAUUAGAGAGUGUAAUAAAUCUCAAGACCCGGGACCAAAAGACCUUCCUGACCAUAACAGACUGGCUGUGAGAGAAUUUGAGAGUCUCCCUAGGGAAACCGAAGAGAAAAGCAAUCUUCUAGGGUCAGAUAAUGAAGAUGAGAAGUUAAGUAAAGGGCAGCAUUAUAUUGAGAUCGCCUCCCUUCCAGGAGACUUGGUAACUGCGGAAAGGGAUCAUUCAGCUACUACUGAACCUCUUGAUGUGACAAAGACACAGACUUUUAGUGUAGUGCCAAAUCAAGACAAAAAUCAUGAGAUAAUGAAGCUUCUGGCAGUUGGAACUUCAGAAAUUUCUUCACGAGUCAUUGACCCACAUGUUGAAGGACAGAUAGGUCAGGUGGCAGCAAUGCAAAAAAGUAAGAUAUCUAAGGAUGAUGACAUCAGGAGUGAAGACUUGCCAGGUCAGCAGGGGGACCUGUCUACUUUUUUGCACCAAGAGGGUAAGGGAGAGAAAGUGGCCCCUAGGAAUGGAGAAUUAUUUCACUGUGUUUCAGAGAGUGAACAUUGUCCCCCAUCCCGGAAGGACGUGAUUAGGUCAUCCUUUGUAACUAGACACAGCCGAAUCCCUGUUUUAGCACAAGAGAUAGACUCAACUUUUGAAUCUUCCUCUCCAGUCUCUGCAAAAGAAAAGCUCCUCCAAAAGAAAGCUUAUCAGCCAGACCUCGUCAGGCUUCUGGUGGAAAAAAGGCAACUCAGGUCUUUCCUUGGGGACCUCUCAAGUGCCUCUGAUAAAUUGCUGGAGGAGAGACUAGCCACUGUUCCUGCUCCCUUCUCUGAGGAGGAAGUCUUUGCUCCCUUUUCGAGACUGACUGUAGACUCGCACCUGAGCAGAUCAGCCGAGGACAGCUUUCUGUCACCCAUCAUUUCCCAGUCCAGAAAGAGCAAAAUCCCAAGGCCAGUUUCAUGGGUCAACACAGACCAAGUCAGUAGCGCAACUUCAGCUCAGUUCUUGCCUCGGCCACCGCCAGGGAAGCCUCCCACAAGACCUGGAGUGGAAGCCAGGCUCCGCAGAUAUAAAGUCCUAGGGAGUAGCAAUUCCGACUCAGACCUUUUCUCCCGCCUGGCCCAAAUUCUUCAAAAUGGAUCUCAGAAGCCCCGGAGCACUACUCAGUGCAAGAGUCCAGGAUCCCCUCACAAUCCAAAAACACCACCCAAGAGUCCAGUUGUCCCCUGCAGGAGUCCCAGUACCUCUCCUCGAAGCUCUUCCUUGCCUCGCACGUCCAGCUCCUCACCAUCCAGGGCUGGACGGCCCCACCAUGACCAGAGGAGUUCAUCCCCGCAUCUGGGGAGAAGCAAGUCACCUCCCAGCCACUCAGGAUCUUCCUCCUCCAGGAGGUCCUGCCAACAGGAGCAUUGCAAACCCAGCAAAAAUGGCCUGAAAGGAUCCAGCAGCCUCCACCACCACUCUGCCGGCACCAAAGCGCCCCCAGGGAAGAGUAAGUCAGCCACUAAACUCAGCAGAUAGGAGCUGGGCUGCAUCUCUGUGAAAGGUGUGAGAUCUUCCUCCUCAGCCUGAUGCAUGUGUGGCCCUGUACUGUCUAUUUAAAAAAUCAGUGUUGAUCUUCUCUUGCAAAAGAAAGUAACAUGAUAAAUUAUUUAUAAGAAGACAUAAAUAUAUGAUAAGGAAUUGCCUAAGGCAGGCAGCAAGCAGAUCAGGGAUCAAUGCCUUUGCAUAGGAAGGGGCAAUCCAACAAAAUCCACAGGGGACAUUAAAUGAACUCUCAUUUUUCAGCUGCCUUUGAAACAAAAGAGUUGAUGGUAGGAAAUGGAAUGGAAUUUUAUGGGGUUUGGCCUGUUUUUUUAAGGCAUUGUUAAAGAUUAUAUAGCAAAAGUGAAAUUUCUUGUUUUAAUAUUUUCAUUCAAAACUUCCAACCUUAGAGAGUCAGAAUUAUUCCGAUAGGAGGAUCUGUAACCAGUCUGUUGCUGGGGCGCCAGCGCUCAUAUACACAAGGCUUGUGUGUUUACUGGUGUAUUGAGAGUUCACACCUUUACUUUGCCUCACUCCUACUACCCUCCCUGGAUUUCUGUUUUUAAAGUUGAGUGUAUCUCCCCGGAUGCAAUCUCCCUUAUUUUAACAAUACAUUCUAAUAUGCUUUUAGCAGCACAUGCUGAGAAUUUCAAAUCCAGUUGUGUUUUUAGUCCCCUAAUAUUUUUCUGUGGAACAGAAAAAAGUAACAGUUAAACAGUUCUUAACUUGGUAUAUUUUUAUUGUGAAAAAGAGCUACUGAAACUUAGGUAGAAGAAGGAGAAGUCGAAACAGAGCUUACUACACAGGCGUUAGCGCUUUAGGGACAGAGGGACAGAGUGGGGUGAAUACCCUUCAAGACAAAAGAAACCUCUCCCCCUCUGUUUCCUCCUUGUGGAAGGAAGACCGACCAGAGUAGACCUUGCUUUCUUAGGUCUUCUGGAGACUGACUGUUUGCAAUAUCAACCUCCAAGAUGAUACCAGGGAAGUACAAUGCUGUGGAAUGUGACUUCAUGCUCUUAGAGAUUUAGAAAGAAAAACAGAAAUUAGGUACGUUGUUGAGGCUUAUAAUCCUCAAACUUUGUAUUUUAUAUACAUUUAGCCAAUAAGGAAUGAGUGUCUGGGGAAAUAAAUUUAGGCUCAAUAUUUAUCUUUUAAUGUUUUAUUACCUGCUUCUCCUAUGUUUUAGUUUGAAUAUUUGGGCUUUGGGACCUGAUUUCCUUGUAACCUCAAUUUAUAAAGCUGCCAGGAGGAGCAUAUUUGUUCUAAUUUCACUCUUCUGCUAACAGGAAUCCGGCAAAAGUAAAUUAUGCGAGAUUUUUCAAAUGGGCUCUUUUCUACUGUGUAGGUGUUUUGUGCUGUAAAGACCUGAUUGAGGUCAGGUAAAUUGGUCUGCUUGCUGUUGAAAUUCGCCUUCUAGCAAACAUCUGUGCUUUCUCUUUGACCUUGUGUUUGCUGCCAAACCUAAUAUGGUUGAAUUGGAAAACAGGAAAAAAAACAAAAACAAAAAAACAAAAAAGUAUAUUUCCUCACCAAGCGAAUACAUUCUAAUGCUGCCUCAAAGCUGCCCUGAAGCUGCACUGAACUUCUGUUGUUCUCUUUAUCUGUGUGGAGCUUUUUUAAAAAAAAAAAACAAAAAAACAAAAAAAACCGAAACUCCAAACACUAUCAAGUCCUAUAUGAUCUCCCAUAAGAAAUGUAGCAUAGUGUGGAAUCUUAAUUUCUCUCCGGUUUUAAGCUCUACAGAGGAAUGCAAUAGAUAAGACAUAUUUGCUGUUUAACUGAAGCAACUGUAAUAUUGGAAGACCAGUCCUUCUGUAUGAUACUUGUAUAAUAGUUGCUGUAACACUACUUGCAUGUCUUCAUGGUAAAUGAUAUAAAUAUUUAUAAAUAUAUAGAGAAACAUAUGCUUAUAUAAACUCAUUCUUUCUCAUUCUCCAUUUGUAAUUUCAAGAUCACAGAUGGUGAAAUUCCUUUUCAUUGUGUGCCUCGCGUACACUUGGGCCUUGCCUGUCUUCAUUUUCUGAAAAUAUGUUCUUGGCAUGGGACACUUCAGAUUCUUCUUGCCUUCUUUGUGUAUAUUGCAAGGGUUGGCAGCCUUCAAGCCAAGAUAGGUUGUUUAAUUUUCACUUUUAAAAGAUGUUAAUAGGGGAAAAAAUUACCGGGUCAGGCUUGUGAUACUGGCUCAAAAAUUUGUCACGUUAAUCACAUAAUUCUGUCCUUAUGGUUAAAGGGGAUAAACUGGGAUGAUAAUCCAUGGUCUGAUAUAAAUUGGUUUAAAGAAAAAAAUCUCUUAAAAAUUGCCAUUUUACAUUCCUAUUUUCACCUCACUAUUUUUUGGAUGGUGAGGGAGUAAUCUACAAUUAAGGAAUUAACUUCUUUUUUCCCUUGUAUUAGCUAAAUUGUGCUAAAAGUAGCCAGCUUUAAAUCCUGACCCGUUGUCGGAAAUGUGCCCUUCAUAACCACUGGAAAAGCGGAUGAGGCUAUAGUUGUGGUGUGUGUGUUAUUUCUUAUUGGUAUUUUCUCUUCUAGCAGGCAAAACAGUGUUGGCAACAUGGCAUUUGGGUGUUUUCUCUCUCUUGGUUUCUUCUGUUUUUCUCCCAACUCUUCCACUGUGUUGCCCCCUUUUCUAGAUGGCACCGACGAACUCCAUAUCCAGAGAGAAAUAGCCUCGGUGUAUAAGAAUACUUUAUUUUGCAUGUAGAGGAAAGAGUUAACCAAAGAUGUUUCAGCUCUGAUACUUUCAAAAGAAAACAGACUAGUUAUAUCAUAUGUAUCAAUAGGUCCACUUAAAAGUACUAUCAUAGAGAGAUUUACUUUAUGGUUUUUAAAAGCAUAGUUUGUGCUUUUAGAUGGUCAGUGUCUUAGGCUAAAAAGAGAAGUUGGCAGCCCUGAGCAAAACAUUUUUGGCGCAAGGAUUUUUUAUUUUGUUUUAUUUUAAGGUAUGAUACAGAGAAUGAGUUGUGUGUUGUUGUUUUAGUUCCUUGUUUUUUUUAUUUAUUUCGGGUUUUUUAGUGAUGGCAUAUUUCAGAUUUCAAUGACAAACAUAGAUCAUCCAAGUAAUUUUAAACCACUUUGGUUAUUUUACAUGGCCAUUAAUUAAAGUCAAAUCAAACUAUACUAAAAGUAGUAUGGGGCAAAAGUCAAAACUAUCUUUCAAAAAUCAAGUGCUGGUUUCUCCUCUCACAACACGAUGGCAACCCUAGUCAUACUUGCCUUUACCCUGCCAUGUCUAGUCUCUGGAGUUACUUGGGUGCAGCAGAAAAUGGAUUCGCACCAGCUCAGUCCCUGUAGGCAGCAUUCAUCUUACAUUAUGCCGCCAAAUCUCCAGGGUAUACAGAUGGGUUGAAAUAUUAAUAUUUCACCUGGUCAUCUUUUGCACAGCAUAAAGGCAUUUAACUUUAAUGUAUAGCGAACAAAGGAAAAUUG